AUGACUGAAGAAACUAUUCCACUUACACCUUUAAGUAAUCAUGAUAAUGAAGGAGAAGGAUCUAAUCAAACUGCUUCACUAUCUAAUAAACGCUCAAAAAAACAAAGAUCAGAACACGUCUCCAAAAAAGUAAAAACACUUGAAAAAACACACAAGUAUAAAAGCUGGGUGUGGAAAUGGUGGGAUCCUGUACUGCUUGAUAAUGGAAAUGCCGGUGCUGAAUAUUUAGUUAAAAAAACAGAUGAACAGCUUUGUGGAAAAGUCUAUUCAAGUGGAAACUCAACAAGUAAUCUCAUUGUGCAUCUUGCUGGAUCACAUCAAAUUACUGAAAAUACAGAUGUAAAAGAAAGAUCGAUUCAAACCACACUUACCAACAAUUGA